AUUCAACAUGUCAGCCUCCGUCCUACUCUUUGUAACCAAACACAGUAAAGACAGGGAAACGUGAACAUUUUAGUAUAUGUGUUGCUAAAAGAUGUGGAAAUCAGUCAUAAUUCUAUCAGUAACCAGCCUGGCAGCAGUAGAGUUAAUCUAUUACUCAAUUCAUUGGCUCAUAAAACAGAAAGCACAGCACAGUAACUGGUUACUGAAUUGGAAAGAUCCAGCUAGUACUAGUACCCGUACUUGUAGUAGUACUAGUAGUAGUACUAGUACCCGUACUUGUAGUAGUACUAGUAGUAGUACUAGUAGUACGGGUACUACUACUAGUGGCAGUGCCAGUGCCAGUGGCACUGCUAGUGCUAUGUACAAAGUACUAAUUUUCCCAGAUGAAAGUGUUGUAUGCAAAAAUCAUCUCUCUGGCAGCUGCCACAACAAGCAGUGUCGAUUUUCGCAUGACAGGACAGCACUUGGUGAUCUUAUAGAAGUAAUUCGUGGAACCAAAAAAACAAUCGACGUGUGCGUCUUUACGAUCUCGUGUCGCGACCUGGCACAGGAACUUGUGAAUUUGCACGAAAAUGGUGUUGUUGUCCGCAUUAUAACGGACGGUGAAUCUAUAAAUGCUAUGGGAUCACAGAUAGGCACAUUUCGAAGUGCAGGCAUUCAAGUUCGUCACAACCGCUCCUCUUUCUUCAUGCAUCACAAAUUUGUCUUGAUCGACAACGCUGUGGUUAUCAACGGAUCAUUUAAUUGGACCAUGCAGGCAGUUACAGGAAAUCAUGAAAAUCUCCUCAUCACAAAUAAUAUGAACAUUUGCAAUCCAUAUGAAGAAGAGUUCACAAAGCUUUGGGCUUUGUAUGCCCCAAUAAACCUGACAAACUAGGAUUCACAUGUUGCCAU